AUGCCAGCAACGAAGAGAGCCCGGCGUUACGGAGGGCCACGCGUGAAAGGAAUUGAGAAACAACACGAAUCACCUAUCGAAUCUCGGAACAACUACAGUAUGUCCUAUCAAAUCAGCCCGGAUAACAUGGAAAAUUUGAAACUACACCAGCCAGCUGAUAUUGAUCACAACCACAUCCGCCAUGAAGCGCUCGAAGCCCAAUCUUCCUCUAUUAACCAUGAAGCUCAAAUGGCUAAAUGUCUUUUCGAGCAAUGUCCCUCUCAUCUGGAAAUUACGGGGCCAGCACAUCUCUUUGACCACAUGAUCACUCAUGCGUCGACUCGUCGUUUUCGAUGCUCUGAAUGUGGCACCCCGAAAAAUAGACGCUCCGCCUUCAAAGAGCAUAAAGUGAAUCGCAUAAAAUGUCGCGGAGAAAUGAUCGAUGAGAUAAACUUAAAAAUGAUUGAGGAAAAUGCA